UUGGCCGAGGUCAAGGCUGAGCCGUGCCCCGUGAACUCUGAGCCAGCUCCCAGCUCCCUGUUUGUUUGAGUUUCAGGGCCUCGCGUCCACAGAUCAGCUAUACGCCCUAUCAACUGUGCCCUUCGUCGGACAGCACACAUUCAUAUCAACGACUUUAUCGACCUAUCUUUUCAGAGUCUCAUUAUCACCAGUCUGGAAAUACUGGAAUCAAUAGAAUUUUCUCAGCUGGGCCUGCGGUUGGCAUCGAAAAACGCGCGCAAGCCAUGGACUACAACGCGGACACGGUCUACAAGAUCUAUGGCUUCGACGACCAAUUCCCAAUCUCGUGGACCGAUGCAACGGUAGACGAAAAAGAAUUAUCAUUUGUUCUUGGAGAUGAUACAAGCAAACCGGAUAAAAAGGCGGGGAAAAAAGAUGACGACCGUGUUCUCCAGCGCAAUUUUGAUGUGUUUGUGAAAAUGAAGAGUACGGUGGAUACCGCUUAUCUAGAGAUGAAGCGUGAUUUCUUGCAAGAGAGAAAAAAUUGGGGCGUGGCCAGUAUUUCAAACAGCAUAGAAGAUGCAAACGAGAGGGCUGUUUGGAUAAUGAAACCGAUUGUUGACAGCAAAGUUGCUAGCGAUCGGCUGAAAGCUACUUUGUCGUUGAUUGACAGGCAUCGCUACCUGUUUGAUCUGCCGGCAUCAUUGCAGAACAGUAUCUCGACCGGUGAUAGCGAUUUAGUCGUACGCGAUUACCGACGUGGCAGGGCUCUUACCGAAGAAAUCAGAACGUUGCCGCACAGUUCCGAACUCACCGAUUAUUACGUCCAGCAGCGUCGAGUGAUUGAGAGGAUUUGGGGAGAGGUAGAGAUCGUUAUUGAGGACUACAAGAGUGAUGUAUGGCAGAAACUCAUUGGUGCGACGGCCGAUGAUAGCUCAUAUCUCUCAUACAUUACGAUUCUCCUGGAGAUUGGGGUCGAAGACAAUCCGAUACUAGUCUGGCUUGGUGAACAAAUCAAAAACCUCAAGAAACGGAUGAAGGACACAUUCCAUGAACUGAACAAGUUUCUCUAUGCGCUGCAACAGGAUCUGGAAAAAGCAGAAAAGCCAAGUCAGAACUCGACCAUAUAUUACUUUCUGAAUGCGAUCAAGCUGUCAAUCGAUAGCGCAGAGAUCAUGCGGGACUCCCCGGAGAUCGUGAUGACGUGGUCGCGAAUGAGCCAAGUGAUCGAUGAGGUUGUAAAAUACUUUGGCAAACAAAUCAAGAACUUCUGGCUUUGUGCAUCAGGGUUUUUGGACGGUCAGACUCAGAAGAAUCUACCAACCGGAAUCAACGGUGAAUCAAAGGUGCAUCUCUCAUUCUCCAAGGAGCAAGAAAAUCAAUUACGAACUGAAAGCAAAGAGAUCGUGGAGCUUUUUUCCAGCAGUAUUACAGAGUUCUUCCUGAACACUGUCUCUGAGUGUGAGGAAAAGGCGAAAAGAAAACUGAUGCAGACAGCCGAAACCGAAGAUUUCGACCUAUCCGAGCGGAAAGAAAAUCAGCCGACGAUCUCGGAGUCGUCUGGAAACAGUGUUAUGAACUUGAAAAACCCGAGUGUCGCAUCGCUCUCUGCUAGUGCUAUGCUUGCGAGUUCUUUGAAGAACGACCGUAUUGCAGAUGCCCAAAAGUAUAUGACCAGCGACAGGAGACCGAGGACUCCUCCUCUCCCUGUUCAGCAGCAAGAGCAGCAGCCCCCACCUUCUCCCGGGUCUCUGAAGAACUUUGAGCUAUAUGCCUUCCUACCCACCAGCUCAAAUGCUAUAAGCGCGACUUAUUUCUUGGCGCAAAUAGUCGGCUCGGUGGGAACGGUAGCGAGCGACCUCUCGAAUCUUGCAAUUUCAUCAAAGCAUGUUGAGACGCUCCGAAAUCUGGUCUCGACGGUGCGUGAACGCUGCACUUCAGCUUGCUGCCUGGCCUGGCAGCAGGACGCCAAACGUCUGAACAUUCUCGAAGAUUGGCGAGUGGCACCGAGCCGACGGGGUACCCGCCUUCCGACUCUAUUCCUCGCGUAUCAAACCGCUGUAUGGCAGGGUUUACACCGCGUGAUGUAUGUCGAGAACGCGGAGAAAAAGGCCGACGUGCAUGUUGUGAUGCCGCCGAGCUCCAAGAUAGUAUCGAACAUCAAAACGCAGUUUGUGAACUCGAUCUUUCUGGUUCUUGACGGGCUAAUGCAUGACGCUGUGGCUUCAGACAAGAAGCGGGCUAACGACGGACCGGCAGCGAAAUUCGCGGUUCCGUCUGAGUCGAGGAUCUUGCUCACUAUCUGUAACAUCACUGAGCUCAAGGAUAACAUCGUGCCACGAAUGUUUGAAAGAUUUUCAAAGUUCUUCGGUAUCACUCUCACUGAUAACUCAAACAUCAUGGGUGACUCUCUCAAGCAAGCGGACGAGCAGCUUUUCAAUGCUUAUACGAAGAAGAAGCGCGCUCAUCUUUCCAGUAUCAUUCGUGGUGGCAUCCUCAAGUCUGGAAUCAGAUGGGGAGAACUGGAAAAGCCGACGGACGUUGACGUGUACAUUUACGAAGCAUUGCUUGCUCUUGUGCAUGUGCACGCGCAAGUGUUUACUGUUGCUCCAUCGCUGAUUGAGCGAGUUAUCUCCGAGCUGCUGAAGCAUAUCAUUUCUACAAUAGUCGAAUGUUUCAGACAAGUUGAUAAGUUCUCGUUUGGUGGCCUUCUACAAGGCACAAUUGACGUCCAGUUGAUUGAUCAGGAGAUGUCGAACUACAUCACUCCUGAGAUAGAAGAACUAUGCAAAACUGCAUAUACAGCAUUACAGGAUGCGACAGAUCGCUCGCAGAUGGACGUGAACGUCAUGACCUCUCAGCUAGAGGAGAUGAAGAAGCUCCUUGGUCGCUGCCACAAAAACUCGCGAGUCGAGUUCUUGUGCUUCAAGGAGAAGAGGUCGAAGCCAUCUGAAUCAGCUCAGCAGUAUCAACCUCAGUCACAGGCUCAGCAGAAGCAGUACCGCGACCAAAAUAUCCUCUAAGUUGGGUCAUGCAUGAUUGUUCUAUGUCGAUAGAGUAGUAAUUUUUUGUUCUCCAUGUGUGACUGUAUAUGUUAUCCCAUUCAUGACCAAUGGUAAAACUGUAAA